GACUGUUGCCUUGGAAAUGUGUCCAGCGGCAUCAUGGCUGGGCCGAGCUGGCCGGAGCAGCUGCGCGCAGCGCGGAAGACCGCCCUGCUCGGGGAUGGCAAGCGAAAAAUUCAUUACCUCUUUGACAGUGGGAAGGAGAUGGCAGAGGAGUAUGACGUGAAGACUAAUCAAUUGCUUGUGAGAAAAUGGAGAGAGAAGAAUGCUCUGGGUGCUUGUGGCAGUUGGCAGGUUGAAGUAGGAGAGCCACACUUGCCAUUGCCAGGAGCAGCGGAUCGUGAGCUCAUAAAGGAGAGCAGCACCAAUCCUGUCUUUAUGCGAAACGACACAAAGAACAGUUUCCAGUGGCGGAUCCGGAACCUGCCAUAUCCUAAGAAUGUUUACAGUGUUUCAGUGGAGAAGGAUCAGCGCUGCUGUGUGGUCCGCACAACAAACAAGAAGUAUUACAAGAAGUUCUCCAUUCCUGACCUAGACCGGUUCCAGCUGCCCAUGGAGAGCACUGCUCUGAGCUUCACUCAUGCCAACAACACAUUGAUCAUCACGUAUCAGAAGCCAACAGAGAUUCUGGUUGCAGAGGAGGAGCUGCAAAAGGAGCUAAAGAAGAUAAAGGCAGCAAAUAAUGGAGAUGGGGAGUGCAAGACGCAAUAGGCAACAGUCGCAGAAUGUCUUGUCUGUACAUAUUUUGCUACUUUUCUGUAACAAAUAAAUGCAUUGAACUGA